AUGAAAGAGUGCGAAUCGGUUACUUCUGGAUUGCACCAAUCAUUUAUAAGUAUUCAUAAAUACUGUAUAAAACGCAUUUUUAUUAUAAUUAUUGCCGUGAUAAGUUUUGCAGUGUUAUUACCAUGUCUAUUAGUAUUACAAAAGAAUCAACGAAAAGAUGAAUUUGAUCAUUGUCAAAAAUCUCAUGAAAUAAAAACAUAUUUUGAAAAACUUGUACAAGCAGUAAACGAAUCACCAAAUCUCAAAUGGAAGGCUAAAUACAAUCCAUUUGGAAUACGAUCCGAGAAACCUGAUAUUUUAUUCAAUAAAAUAUCUCUAAAUGACAAAAGCAAUAUCAUUGAUAAAAAGCUAAUCGAUGAUAUUUAUAAAUUUCAUAAAUCUAAUCAUAUGAAGCAACAUAUUAGGAAAUUAAAUGAUUUUCCGGCUUCGGAACUUCCGGAUGAAUUUGAUGCACGAAGAAAAUGGCCACUAUGCUCCUCAAUACAUAAUGUACCAAAUCAGGGUGGCUGUGGAUCAUGUUAUGCUGUAGCAGUAGCUGGUGUAGCAUCAGAUCGUAUUUGCAUAGCAACGAAUGGUACUGUGCAAGUUAUACUUAGCUCAGAUGAUAUUAUUAGUUGUUGUAUUGGUUGUGGUACAUGCAUUGGUGGUGAUGCAUUAAAAGCUAUGAUUUAUUGGGUUAAUGAAGGAAUUGUCACAGGUGGACGUGAUGGAUGUCAACCAUAUCCAUAUGACAUUAAAUGUGGCAUACCAUGUCCAUUGAUGGAUUUUGUUAAAAAUGCUAAAAUGCAACGAUGUCAUCAUAAAUGUCAAAAUAUUUAUCAUCGUAAUGAUUAUUUCAAUGAUAAACAUUACGCAUCAAUAGCAUAUACAAUGUUGCCACGUGUCUUAUCAGUUACUGCAAAUGAUUAUAUUAUUGUACCAGCAGUAAUGGAUUAUUUCAAUACUAAAUUUAUUAAUAAUACCAAAAAAUUAUUAUCAUUUCAUGAGACAUUAGAAAUUUUAAAAAAAGAACUUUAUCUUUUUGGACCAAUGACAAUGGCUUUUCCGGUUGCUGAAGAAUUUUUACAUUAUGAAAAUGGAAUUUAUACACCAUAUCCGGAAAAUGGUUUUACGGAUCGGAUUGUUUAUUGGCAUGUUGUGAGAAUUAUUGGAUGGGGUUAUGAUAGUGAUCGAAUAUUUCAUUGGAUUGCUGUAAAUUCAUAUGGAAGAAAUUGGGGUGAAUAUGGCUUAUUCCGGAUUGAUAUCAGUUUUCUGAGACAAUUUGGUCUAGAAUAUGAAGCUGCUCUAAUUUAA